AGUAAGAUGCAGUGACGCCAGCACUAGAGAGGUUGGGUAUUGCGAGAGGAUGGGAAAGCCUGUUUGAACGCACGUUGCACUCUGAGACCGAGAGAGAGAGAGAGGGAGGACUAUAUCAGACCUUACGCACUCACACACCCUCCCAGUCAGUGAACAUACAGAGGCAUCUCUUUUCCGGCAGCAAACUUCCAGCUUCUCACCCAGAGAUAACUUGUCACCCUCUGGUCUGCAGCAGGUUAAAUAUGAUCGCCUCUCAUCUCCUGGCUUAUUACUUCACGGAGCUAAAGCAUGACCAGGUCCAGAAGGUGGACAGGUGCCUGUACCACAUGAGGCUCUCAGAUGAAGUCCUGCGUGAUAUAUCGGACCGCUUCCUGGCCGGGAUGAAGAAAGGCCUGAGUAAGGACACCAACCCCACGUCCUCUGUGAAAAUGCUGCCGACGUUUGUCAGGUCCACGCCGGAUGGGACAGAGAGUGGCGACUUCCUGGCUCUCGAUCUAGGGGGCACUAACUUCCGGGUGCUGAGGGUCAAGGUUUCGGACCACGGGAAGCAGAAAGUGGAGAUCGAGAACCGGAUCUGUGCCGUUCCGGAAGAACUGAUGCACGGGACGGGCACUCAGCUCUUCGAUCAUAUCGCCAACUGCCUUGCAGAUGUCAUGGAGGAACUGGACAUUAAAAAUGAGAAACUGCCCCUGGGUUUUACCUUCUCAUUUCCCUGUCAACAGACCAAACUGGAUGAGAGCAUCUUGGUUCACUGGACAAAGGGAUUUAAGGCGAGCGGAGUGGAGGGUCGCGACGUGGUCACUCUCCUCCGUCAGGCGAUUCAGAGGCGCGGGGACUUUGACAUCGAUGUGGUUUCCGUUGUCAACGACACCGUGGGGACUAUGAUGACCUGCGGUUACGAUGAUCACAACUGUGAGAUCGGUUUGAUAGUUGGUACAGGCACAAAUGCCUGUUACAUGGAAGAGAUGCAGUACAUUGACCUUGUGGAGGGGGACGAGGGCAGGAUGUGCAUCAACAUGGAGUGGGGAGCCUUCGGAGACUUCGGAGAGCUGGACGACAUCCGGACGGAGUUUGACCGAGAGAUCGACAGAGGCUCCAUCAACCCCGGCAAGCAGCUGUUCGAGAAGCUGAUUAGCGGAAUGUACAUGGGGGAGCUCGUUCGAAUUAUCCUCGUCCAAAUGGCCAAAGAUGGUCUGUUAUUCGCAGGAAAACUUUCACCUCAGCUGCUCAUCAAAGGCAACUUUGAGACCAGAUAUGUGUCAGCGAUCGAGAAGGACAGUGACGGGCUGCAGAAGGCCCAGGAGAUUCUCGCCAAGCUGGGCAUCCAAGCCUGCGUCGACGACUGCUUGGCCACCCGGCGGGUCUGCACCAUCGUGUCGAGCCGCUCGUCAGAUCUCUGCGCCGCCACCCUGGCAGCGGUCCUGAGGCGGAUCAAGGAGAACAAAGGGCUCGAGAGGCUGAGGACCACGGUGGGAGUGGAUGGGUCUGUCUACAAGAAGCAUCCACAGUUUGCCCGCCGUCUGCACAAGGCCGUGCGUCGCCUCGUCCCGUCGUGCGACGUCCGCUUCCUGCCCUCUGAGGAUGGCAGCGGCAAGGGCGCUGCCAUGGUAACGGCGGUGGCAUCCCGCCUGGCCAAGCAGCGGGAGCAGCGGGAGGCGACACUGGGUGCCCUGGUGCUGAGCGAGGAGCAGCUCCUUGAGGUGAAGCGGCGCAUGCGGGCGGAGAUGGAGCGUGGCCUGGCUGCGGACGGACACGCACCUGCGUCUGUCAAAAUGCUGCCCACUUACGUCCGCUCCACGCCCAACGGGACAGAAAACGGAGACUUCUUGGCCCUUGACCUCGGUGGGACAAAUUUCCGGGUGCUGCUCGUGAAGCUUCGGAGCGGGAAGCGCCGGGUGGCAGAAAUGCACAACAAGAUCUAUGCCAUCCCGGUCGAUGCCAUGGAGGGCACCGGAGAGGAGCUAUUUGAUCACAUCGUCCACUGCAUCUCGGAUUUCCUGGAGUAUAUGGGGAGAAAGCAACGCAUUCUGCCGCUGGGCUUCACCUUUUCCUUUCCUUGUGAGCAGCGGGGCCUCGAUCAGGCCAUCCUUUUGAAGUGGACGAAAGGAUUCAAAGCGACAGGCUGCGAGGGCGAAGAUAUUGUCGAUCUCCUCCGAGAAGCCAUCAAGAGGAGAGAGGAAUUUGAGGUGGACGUGGUCGCGAUUGUCAACGACACUGUGGGAACCAUGAUGUCUUGCGGCUACGAUGACCCUCUCUGCGAGGUCGGCCUCAUUGUCGGGACAGGUUGCAACGCAUGCUACAUGGAAGAGAUGAAGAAUGUGGAGGUGGUCGAAGGCGAGGAAGGGAGGAUGUGCAUUAACACAGAAUGGGGCGCCUUUGGAGAAAACGGCUGCCUGGAUGACAUCCGAACCGAAUUCGACCAGGAAGUGGAUCGGCUUUCUAUGAAUCCGGGCAAACAGACGUAUGAGAAGAUGAUCAGCGGCAUGUACCUGGGCGAGAUAGUCCGCAACAUCCUCAUCGACUUCACAAAGCGGGGGCUGCUGUUCCGGGGACAGAUCUCAGAAAGGCUCAAGACCAGGGGCAUCUUCGAAACCAAGUUCCUGUCUCACAUCGAGAGUGAUCGCUUGGCACUGCUACAGGUCCGAGCCAUCCUGCAGAAGCUGGGGCUGCAGAGUACGUGUGAUGACAGCAUCAUUGUGAAGGAGGUGUGCGGCGUGGUAUCGCGACGGGCCGCCCAGCUCUGCGGCGCAGGAUUGGCAGCCAUAGUGGACAAGAUCCGGGAGAACCGGAAUCUGGAGCACCUCCAGGUCACCGUGGGAAUGGACGGCACCCUUUAUAAACUGCACCCGCACUUCUCCUCGAUAAUGCAUGAGACAGUGGCACGCUUGGCACCGCAGUGCCAUGUGUCGUACAUCCAGUCUGAAGAUGGCAGCGGCAAAGGGGCAGCUCUGGUCACAGCGGUUGCCUGUCGGAUACGGGAGGCUGGGCAGCACUAAGAGCCAAUUUACCAUCAGUCUUCCCACGUGCCCACUCCUCUGUCCUUUCACAUGGAGACUUACCCCUCUACACACCUCUGCCCAUCACUGAUCAGUGCCCUUUUCCCAGUGUUAGACAACAACCGAGCCCCAAGCUCUGAGCCACCCCAUGUUCCUGCAGGUAGGAAAGGGGACAGUCUGUCACUGGAGGAAGCUGGAAAACUUAUUUGGCAGAAAAUGGGAACUGCCGAUACAGGAAACUAGCAGAGAAAUUGAUGGGGUGAACUCAACAAGUCUGGCACCAUCUGUAGAAAGAGAGAGAGAGGGAAAGAGAGAGAGAGGGAAAGAGAGAGAGAGACAGAGUCAAAUAACCAUUCAUCGAAAUGCUACCAUUUCUGUUUUUGACUCACAAAGUGGUUCAGUUGGAUUUGCGUGUGUGUGUGAGUAUGAGUGUGUGUGUGUGCGUGUGUGUGUGUGUGUGUGUGUGUGUGUGUGUGUGAAAGUAUGAGUGAGUGUGUGUGUGUACGUGUGUGUGUGCGUGUGUGUGUGUGCGUGUGUGUGUGUGUGAAAGUAUGAGUGAGUGUGUGUGUGUGAGAGAGUGUGGUUAUGUGUGUGUGUGUGUGUGAGUGUGAGUGUGUGUGUGAGAGAGUGUGUGUGUGUGAGAGUGUGUGUGAGUGUGUGUGUGUGAGUAUGAGUGUGUGUGUGUGUGUGUGUGUGUGUGUGUGUGUGUGUGUGUGUGUGUGAGAGAGAGAGUGUGUGAGCGACAGAGUGUGAGAGAGACAACACUGAACCUUGAAAACGCAGAGAAGGCAUAGCAGUCUAAAUCAGUUGCCAGUCACUCCUCAAAUGCCCGCGCUUUGCCGAGGACACACGCAGCGAACUCAUUUGUCUCCUUUCCCGACCUUAGAGGAGAGCGGUAAUUUGGAAAUGGGGAAGGGCGUCAAUUGCCAGACCCGAUUUUUUGGGGCGGGGCAGGGGUGCAAAUUUGGAAUGACUUGAUCUUACAGUUGGGUAAUGUAUUGGCAUUUCCACAACAGAUGGGCACUUGGGCUAUGCCAGGGGAACGGGGCUGGGGCACACAUUCGUAUCCAUUUGGGACAAAUUUGUAAAACUUGGCAGGGGUUGGGGAGGGUGGCGUUUGUGGAGGUGUUGCAGGGAUCAGAUGCUGCUGUUCGCUUUCACAAUUUUGUCUGGUUAGAGACUUUUUCCUUGUGAGGCAAUCUCUCGAUUCCUAAGCAGGAGUGAAAAUGGUUCGAGGGGGAUUGUUCUAUUGAUCACCUGUUAAGGGGCCACUGCUUCAGAUAUUCCCACCACCGUUCUUAGUGCAAUUAACAUGGAGCGAGCGUGCUCACUUCAUAAAACUCACAGCAACUCAUCCACCAAUAAAAAGAACAGCUGGAGAGCCUGAAAUGAAGACAAAUGCUGGAGAAACUCAGCGGGUUUGGCAGCAUGUGUCGAAAGAGAGAGAGAAACCAAAUUAACAUUUCAGGUACAGUGACCCUUUUAUGUUGGGGAUUGUGGCCUGUAAGCCUUGUCUUGGCGAGGACUUGCAUUCUCAAGCAUGGCGUCCACCUCCACCUGUACCUGUUUAAUGCUGGAGAACACUGGCGCUCGGUUAUGAUCGCUAUUCCCCAGCUGGUUUCAAUUCAGCUUUGAAUGAGCCCCUCGUUGUGGCCGAUUCAUAAAGGUUUGCAAGAUUGUCAAAACAGUCAGCGAGACAGCUGUCUGAAUACCCCGUGUCAGAAAACAUGCAGCGAGAUUUCUUCUGGUCCAUAGUGACCAUGUUAAUGUGGUACACCUUGCAGAACCUUGUUUCCACAAGUCAAUAUUCAAUGGUUGUCUGAUAACCCAAUGCUAAGUGAAAGCUCUGAAGUGAUCAGGACCCACACACGGGAAUAGAUUUAAAGGGAUUUGAAAGUGUGUGCCCAAAGUGAAAUUUGAAGCUGCUUUCGGGGAGCAGAUUUAUAUUUGUUGACAGGGAGAAGCUGAAAUAAGGCCGCUCUGCAAUUAGUAAUCUGCAUAUGUUAUAGACCGGGGGCACCCUUUACCAGCUGUACCAUGCUAUUUGACACUGUGUGUUGCAAGGCAUUUAAAGGAAGACACACACACACACGCAGAAUUUAUCUUUAUGAAGAGUAGAGUUCAAAUGCCAAUUGCAGUGGGCGUGAACGGGGACAGUUUUCAGUGUUCUGGACUCGAACAGAGACUGGUCUUCCAGGAAUAAAACCUCUCCAAACAGGAGCCGCAAAGCAAGGGGCUAUCCCCUUCCAGGCCCCGCUCCAGGCUUUGGGAGCAGCUUUUCAGGAAGGAGUUACAUCCUGGAGGAGCUCAGUACUGCCAGUUUGCUAACGUGCGCUUGGGUGUGCAAUAGACUCCUGCCUUCGGUGGCAGGGGAGCAAUAUUAUUUAUUGAUAUUUUAUUUUGUUCAGUUUACACGCGACUGAGCGGGAACCGUUGUUUGUAGAGAAGUGUUUGUAUGACCCUCCCACUUGGCUGUUCCUGCCUUCCUGGCCAUUCAGCAGUUUCAAGUAAAGGAUCAAUUUCACUGUUGAA